AUGAGUUACGGUUUUGGACAACAAGCACCACAAAAACUACGAGACAGAAUCUGGGGCUUCGAAGGUGAAUGGCAACACGAUAUUUGUGGAUGUUUUCAUAAUAUCGGUGGAUGUUUGUGUGCAUAUUUUUGUUGUCCAUGUUAUUGUUAUUCGGUAUUCAAUCGAGCCGGUGAAUGGAUUUGUACUCCGUUUAUGUGUUGUUGGCCUGAUUCUUUAUUAGGACUUCGAACAAAGAUUCGUACAGGAUUUCGUUUACAAGGCUCUCUAUUCAAGGAUUUCAUGGCUGCAAUGUGCUGUCCAUGUUGCUUAUUAAUUCAAAUUGAUACUGAGCUUGAAUAUCAAGGUUUAUAG